AUGAAUCCCAGAUCAUUUGAGGGUCCCAUGGACUGGGAAUACCAAGAUAAAGGUCCAUUUGAUCCCACGAGUCCGUUUACACAUGCCGCCAAAAGUGGCAAUUUACAAAAUGGCUUUGGCUCACCAAUCCGAAAUAAUGCGUCAUCUCGACCGAAUCCAUUUGCCACUCCGUCAAAGUCUCAUCAAGCUACAGCUCAGCAAACGUCAUUUUCUUCGAAUGCGUCUAUGAAACCCGCAGCUCCUCCCUUUCGAAAUCCUGCUUUUACCACUCCGCGCAAGCCCAUCAAUGACUUCGGGUUCUCGGAUGCAUCCGGCGCUGAGGAGAGUCCAGGUCUUACGGAGGCUUCAGACAUCAAUGAUACGCCCGAAUUUGAUCGAACGGCAGAUGUCCACAUGGGCAAUACGAUUCCCCCAACCAAGAUCGACAAAUCCUUACGAUAUGGAAAGGCACCCCCCUCCAGUAGAAAGCACGUGUCCGGUCGAGGAGAGAUUCCAUCCCGCCACCAUGAUCUUGGGAGACGACUGAGGCGGCAGAACCAAGAAGGCUUCCCCAGACUUCGCCCCCGUGAAUGGGAGGAGUCUGAGGAUGAAUCCGAUGCCAGCUCAGCGCCUUCGAGGCGCAGCCAUUCACCCAGAAAGAAGGCCAAAGCCCUACCGCCACAAAGUCCGGGCUUUGUCAGCUCUUUGUUUUACAUGAUGGACGAACAUUCGAGUGCGCCCGAAAAUCUCUAUCGUUGGAUCCAGCUUUCAGUCAAUGUCUUUAUGAUAUCAAUGGUAUGCUACGCCAUAUGGGCAAUCAUCAACACCGUCAGCUCAGAUAUUCAUUUCGCCAAUGAGGUUGAAAAGAGGAACCUGGAGAGUAGCAUUGAUGCAUGCAGGCUUGAUUAUAUUGAGAACGGGUGUACAACUACGAAUGCUCCCAAGCUAAAGCCAUUGUGUGACGAAUGGUACAAAUGCAUGACACAAGAUCCGGCUGGUAUUAGCCGGGUCAAAGUGAGCAUGAAACAGCUCGCCGAAAUCAUCAACGAAUUUUUUGACGCCAUGAACUUCAAAGCUCUGGGAGCCGUCUCCGUAGUUGUGCUUUUGACCAUCUUUGCCAAUAACGCAGCAUACAACCGGGCUGUCGCGAGCAAGCCGGCCCAUCCUGCUACGAAAGAAUCACAAACCCCAAACCCACAUCCUUCAAUGGUUCCUAAUAGCACGCCUGGGGUUAUGUGGGUUCCAGUACAGACACCAAGUUCACGCCGCCACGGAUUGUUGGAAGAAGAAACGGACACUGAUAGCUCCCCACCGAAAGCACAACAGUUUCUCCUCCAGGCCCACACGCCGUCGAGUAACAGGGUCUUCGGAAAACGUGGGCGGUCAGUCAGCCCGAUCAAGUACGGGCGAAGUCCAAGUAAAGGGUACUAG